GACACAGCUGCGGUAGCAUUUCUUGCCUGCCCUCUUGUCUCCUGUACAGCUACAGCGCUACUAGUUAGCCACAGGACAAUAUCCCUGCUGUAGGCUUCAAGACAUGUUCGUCUUCAAGAGUUCCACUCAUCACAGUGAGUGAAAUUGGAACAAGUUAGUCCAUUGAUAACCUACAAACGCAGGUGGUCUAGUCACAGCUGAUGAGUGUGAUGAUGAUGAUGAUGGGAGGAGGCUACUGCAGCCGAAGGUGCAGUCCCCCACGCCAGUGCUAGUACCCGUCUCCAGUCUCCAACCCCGGGUUCCUCUGCCAGCCCUGGUCCCACUUGGCACCACCUCUGGCCCCACCAUGGCUAACCACCUGGAGCUUCUCAAUGAGCUGCAGCAGCUGGACAAGGUGCCUAGCCUGGAGCGCCUGAGGGCUGCCCAGAAGCGCCGCACACAGCAGUUGAAGAGAUGGGCCGUGUACGAGAAGGAGAUGCAGAACAAGAAACGCAAGGCGGAAAAGAGAAGGAACGCUAAUCAUGCCACCGCCAUGGAGGCUAAACGGCACGUAUCGUUUGCUGCUAGUGUGGCACUGCUAGAGGCCUCGGCACGGAACGAUCCUGAAGAAGUACGUUACCUGUUGAAGAACAACGUCAGUCCAGACCUGUGUAACGAGGACGGUCUCACUGCUCUGCACCAGUGCUGUAUUGAUAACUAUGAGGAGAUGGUGAAGAUCAUGUUGAAUCGUGGAGCCAGUGUAAAUGCCAAAGACAAUGAACUGUGGACGCCGCUACAUGCUGCUGCCACCUGUGGACAUGCAGGAUUGGUCAAGGUCCUCAUACAACAUGGAGCGGAUCUGUUAUCGGUGAACUCUGACGGCAACAUGCCCUAUGACUUGUGUGAAGAUGACCCGACCCUGGACAUCAUCGAGACCGCCAUGGCCAACAGAGGUAUCACCCAGGAGAUGAUCAAUGAGACCCGGGCGUCUGUAGAGAGGAGGAUGAUGGGAGAUAUCCAGGAGCUGCUGACGGAAGGAGAGGACGUCAACCACCAUGAUUCACAGGGAGCUACUCUGCUCCACAUUGCAGCAGCUAACGGUUACGUCCAGGCUGCAGAGCUUCUGCUGGAGGGAGGAGCCAGGAUGGACCUGAGAGACACUGACGGAUGGCAGCCGCUCCACGCUGCAGCCUGCUGGGGUCAGAUGCAUGUAGCAGAGCUGCUGGUUUCUCACGGUGCCAGUCUCAAUGCCAAGACCUUCCUAGAGGAGACUCCCAUUGACCUGUGUGAGGACGAGGAGUUCCGAGCCAUCCUGCUAGACCUGAAACACAAACACGACAUCAUCAUGAAGUCUCAGCUUAAACACAAGACCUCCCUGUGUAGGAGGACAUCCAGCGCAGGCAGCCGUGGGAAAGUGGUGCGGAGGGCAAGCCUGUCUGACAGACACAACCUUCGUGUGAAGGAGUACGAGACUGAGGCCAUCGUGUGGAGAGGAGGGAGGGAAGGAGGGAGGGAAGGAGGGAGGGAGGACCAGGAGAAGGAGACAGAGCAGGAGAACAGCCAUCCCAUCAAUACAACUGGUACUACGGUGAAGCCAGUAGUGGAUAAACCCUACAGAGCCAAACUACAGAAGACCUUGAAAGAUGCUCCUAGCGGCAUCAUCAAACAAAAUGGCAUCGUCUCCACGACGACGUCCUCGCCCACUCCCAGUCAGCUGCCGCCAACCAAUGACGAGCCUCUAUCCCCUGACACGAAGAGCGCGUCAGCCGAUCAGCUCCCAGAGGACUCCUCCUCCUCCUUGCCCAGAGAGCGCUCUCAGACCCUGUCGGAACUGAAAAAGCAGAGGUCGGCCGCCAAGCUCCUCAAUCACCCGCUCCUCAACGGUCACCUAGGAAACGGCUCCACAGAAUCCACCGAACCCCAGAGCCCUGUGGACUCCCGUAUGCCCCUCGUCUCGUCCAAUGGAAGUACAGUAUACUACACCCCGGCAAGCGGUGACCCGCCCAUUCUCAGACUCAAACAGCCAUUAGAUGACGAGGAACCAAAGGAGGGCAGCUGCUGCUGUGUCUCCUAGGGAGGAGGUGGAGGCCACCCCAUGACACCGAUCUAAGGUCAGGCUUACUGUGUUUUCCUGCAAUGGAUUAAGGUUAGGGUUCGGGGAGGGAAAGCUGAUCCUAGAUCUGUGCCUAAGGGAAACUUCUUCCUGGAUAGAGCGUGUCAGAGCAGGAUGGUCUUGUGACUGUGGAGCAGGAAGCAGGAAGAGAUUGCACAGAGGGAGACCAACAGGUAGAGCAAAGGUCCUCAAAGGUCCUAGAUGACAAUGGGAGUGGUGCUGAUCCAGCCAGGUGAUUGGUCCCUGUCCCUCCCCACUGUUUAACACUCCAGGCCAGUAUGGAGCAUACCCUUACUCUGGAAAAUGACCGUCCUGAUAGGACGUGAGGAAUCCAGGCCAGAUGAAUUGGGGAGGAGCCACUGUGAUAGCUUGUGGUUGAUGCAGAGGGCCAGGAGGUGGAACAAGAUGGCCCCUACGAGAAGGCAGGUCUUGUGCCCUAUAAAGGAAUAGAUGGCCAGGCAACACUCCCAUGUUAACCAUAUCUGGUGUCUUACAACUUUUGACUGAAUCACUGUUUUCAAACCACAUUCCUCCUUGUAUCCACUGUUUCUGAAAGUGUAUGGGGGGGGGGACAUUGCAAAGAUCCACUCCACCAUGUCAGAAUACACUCUCAGUAGUAUUACUGCGGCUGUGUUGGUCCACUGAGAGGCAAGAGGGGAAGGGUCGUCUUUCCUAAGAAGUAUUCCGGUUUAAAUGCUGACUAUUUUAGCGAAGGAAUGUUUAAUAGCGUAGCAGAACAGUAUUACUUCAACGGUCUACCAUCUAUCUGUACCUGUGAAGGAUGACAGGAUGACUGGAUGACUGGAUGACUGGGUGACAGGAUGACAGGAUGACAGGAUGAAUGGAUGACUGGAUGACAGGAUGACAGGAUGACAGGAUGACAGGAUGACUGGAUGACAGGAUGACAGGAUGACAGGAUGACUGGAUGACUGGAUGACAGGAUGACUGGAUGACAGGAUGACUGGAUGACAGGAUGACAGGAUGACUGGAUGACAGGAUGACUGGAUGACAGGAUGACAGGAUGACUGGAUGACAGGAUGACUGCACUAAAGACCUUUAAAACAAUGCCACGUUGAACUCUGUCUUCUCUUGCUGACCGUCUGUAUCCUAACUGACAGGGAUCAAGGUGGUAGAAAUGACCGUCUGUAUCCUAACUGACAGGGAUCAAGGUGGUAGAAAGGGGUGUGGCUUAUUUGUUGGUCAUUUAAAGGGGGAAAAAACAAUAUUAUUUGAAAAUGUGUACAGUUUGUUGCUGUUUAUUUAUGAAGAUUAAUGUUAUGUAUAAAGGCUAUGGUUAUACAGUGUAUGGAUUCUAUUGGUCUAUCUAUGGAGAGGGAAUGCAUUAGAAUGAGCUGGUACAUUUACAGUAUGUCUUGUGAUCCCAGAUCUGCUUGUACUGUCUUGUCACUGUCAUGGAGUUGGCACAAACAGAUCUGGGAUCAGGCUAGAGGCACUGCACCUUUUUAGAAUGGAAAUGUCCCUGUGGAGUUAACAAGGUUAUUGUCCAGGGAUCUGUAGCUUGUGUUUAGCCAGGCACUGUGUCGGGUUUAUCCUCAACCAUACCAGGCUAGCUUGUGUUUAGCCAGGCACUGUGUCGGGUUUAUCCUCAACCAUACCAGGCUAGCUUGUUUAAGGGUGGCACCAACAUACUAUUGGAAUAUAAGCAUUUCACUACACUCGCAAUAACAUCUGAUAAUCAUGUAUAUGUGACCAAUAAAAUUUUAUUUGAUAUCUUGUUUGUAUUUGACAUGGUCAGUACAACACACACAGUAGAUACGGUGUUGUCUAGGGAACUGAGGAGUGUGUACAGUGUGUUUAAAUCACCAUUGUAUUGUCACAGACACUGUAGUUUUCUCUAACACAAGUGUUCAUUGAUAUGAAAUAAAAUACUAUACUGUA